AUGUCGAAUCGGGCCCGACGAGGCCCGACAGCUUCCCCGACGCAGAUGAACACACCAAACAGACGCGUACCCGACGUCGUCCGAGCACUCCUGACUGUCCCCGAUGCCCGACCGCCGGGCCGGUGUGUUCCUGGCUUUCGCGCCCUUGCACUUUUCAGUCAGCCAUGGAGGGCUCUACCAGAGGGCAAGCAGGAAGACCUCACUUUUGUGAAAAACUACCAACCUCCAAACCAAAGAGCCAACCAUCUCAGGAUUCUGCUAUAUGGACCAGCUGGUGCCGGCAAGUCCAGUUUCAUCAACUCUGUGGACAGUAUCUUACAAGGCAGAAAUACCGGUCGAGCUCCAACAGAUGCAACAUCUAAGAACAGCUUCACCCAAAAUUACAAAACCUACAAAAUUCAUAAAGGUCCAGACGACUUUUAUUCUUUCGUUUUCAAUGACACCAUGGGCUUUGAGAACAAUGCCAAUACUGGUGUUCUUGUUGGAGACAUCAAACUGGCCCUGGAAGGACAUGUGGAAGACGGUUACAAGUUCUCUCCCAGCCAGGAACUGAUGGAGGGUGAUAAAGGUUACAGGUCAGCUCCCACUCUGGACCACAAAGUUCACGUUCUGGUUUGUGUGCUUCCUGCGGACAAAGUAUCUUUAAUCAAAGAAGACAAAUUCGUGGAGAAGAUGAGAGAAGUCAGACUCGCAGCCUGUCACAUGGGAAUUCCCCAACUGGCUAUUCUCACCAAUGUGGAUGAAGCCUGUCCUAAAACCAACAGAAAUAUAAGGCAUGCCUAUAAGAGCCAGUACCUGAAGCAACAGGUCGAUACACUCAGCUUGUUGCUGGGUCUUCCACAGAGCUCCAUCUUCCUCGUGAAGAACUAUGGUCCAGCUGGAAACAUGAAUGAUGACAAUGAUGUGCUGAUACUGAGUGCACUGAGACAGAUAAUCACAUCUGGAGAAGACUUCCUCAAUGACCUGUAGAUCUGUAUUCUGCUGAAGAAGAUUUUG